AUGCCACACAAUAACAUCGUCUGCGAGUGGUUGCGUGCCAUUGGCAUGCAACAGUAUGCCGAGAGUUUCAUGGAGAACGGCUACGAUGAACUGGAGAUCUGCAAACAAAUUGGCGAGAUUGACUUGGACGCAAUCGGUGUGGAUACGGUGCAACAUCGCAACAAACUGCUGAAGAGUGUGCGUUCGUUGCGCGAGAAGGGCGCCGCCAUUGUGUAUGUGAUGAUCAACGAUCCGAAGGCGCUGAGCAGUAGCAAUGAGAUUUUGGCAACCGAUUGUGAUGCGCCGACGACAAUGAAGGAGCUGGAGGCUAUUAUGAAGCGUCAUUUGGAGGCCGAUGGCAUUCGGUUGACGGCGCAUCCCUAUUCGACGCCGGAGGGCAAACGCGGCUAUUUGGAGGGCCUUGCUGCGCACUACAGCAAACAGAUUAAUAUGCCGUACGAGGACGUGUUGGACGCCAUCGAGGAGGUGCGCGUUUCCAAGUGGAAGGAGCGCCAUGUGCGCAUUUCGACCGGCCACACUUUGUCGCGGCGCGCGGGCGGCAGCAGCAGCAGUGGCGGCAUCGGUGUCAGCGUCAUGUCGGGGAUGAUGGGCGGUGGCGGUGGCGGCGGCGGCGUAGGUGUUGGAUUCGGCAUUAUUGGCGGCAAUAUCGCAAAUCAAUCAACUCUGCCGACAAGUCACAGCCAACCAUUGUAUGUGCCUGGAAAAUAUUUGCCAUCGAGUUGCCUUUCCAAUCGUGAGGAGAAUGAAAUCUACAGCUUUGCGCAAAACGAUUUGGCAAAUCGCAUGGCCAGAAGUGCAAUUGAUUCGAAAUCGGCGGUUAACCUGAAUGGCAUGCAGCACAGCUAUCCGGGCGCUAGGCGGAAUUUCUUCUACGAUUUCUCGGCAACAGAGGGCCGUAAUCGGAAUAAAAGACGUACGGUGUUUGCGCGUUUCCUCAGCGGUCUGAACAAAGGUGCUGAAGAAAAUAACCCAAACGAAGAAAUGCAAUUGAAGUCUGCGGAGAAGUUUAAAGCCUGCAGCACCAUGAAGCGCGUAGAACCGCAUCAGAAUUUCGAAGAGACAAUAAGACGAUUGAAGACGCAGAAGAAAAAAGGCGAAACGCAUGACAAGGGCAUACACGACAGGGGCAAGGAGGUGGCGCACACCAUGGUCAACGAAAUGCCACUCAACAAUUACACGAAGCAUCCUUAGGACACGGCGAAAGGCGAAGCGGCAGAGGCAACGGAACAAAAAGAGGUGAACGACGCAGAUAACGGGAAGGAUACACCGGCGGUGAGUCAAGCGCAAGAGGCGACAGAAAACGAUAAGGGAGUCAGCAAGGACAACGCAGGGGAGGCGAUGUGCAGCAGCAGCAGCGCGGCGAAGAGGGCGAUAGUGAACGAUAUUGACAAACAUAUCUACGAGAACCAACUGUGAGCGAGUCGUACUUAAUGCAGAGGUGUGCUGCAAGAGGUACGCAAAGUGCAGCGCGGUGCAGUGGAGUGCGGGUUGAGGAAAUAAUUCAUCAGUUGCGGCGAUGGUGCGAAAAUGAUAAUAACUUUGCGGUUGUAAUUAUGCAUUCAAUUUUCCAUUUCUCGAAUUGCCUGACGCAAAACGUAAAAACGGACAAAAAAUUGCAAUGCCACAAAGCAGAAGGAGACACAGCAAAGCCAACAACAACAACAAUAACGCAGUUUUUGUAGU